GGUUAAAGAUUGUUUUUAGCCAAUGGCUUCCUCCGCUCUUAUCCUCCGACCUUUCUUCUCUUCACUCACUCAAACCUGUCAAACACCAAUCUCCGCUCGAACUUCCGACCAUCCACACACUCUCUCACGUCGCGACGCACUCUCUAUAUCCUCCGCUUCUCUCCUCCUCUUCUCUCUCUCUCCAACCGAUCCAGCUCUCGCCUUCGGAAUCUCAGGACCAAAGGAGUGGUUGAAAGAUCAGAAGAAGAAGUCGUCGAGGUUCCUGCUAGCUCCCAUUGAUGCUUCUCGCGAAAGCCUCCGCUCUGUUUAUCUUUCUCUCUCAACUAGAGAAGCUGAUUAUACGGACAAAGAUUUGGAGAGCCUCCAGAACCUGUUGAGGUCUUCUGCAAGAGAUUGUGUUCCUAAAGAGAGAAGCUCUCUUGUCGAUUUUCAGUCUAAAACCGGAGUGGAGGUUUGCACAUUCAAGCUUGUUCUGAAGAAUGCUGCUUCAUUACUAGAUGAUAAGGAUCCUGUCAUUCUUGAAGCAGAGAAUAUACUAAAUGAUCUUGUUAGGUCAUUUGGUUCUCUCAUCGUGCUAACGAAUGGGAUUGAUAUGAAUCUUCCUUCUGAUAGAAAAAAGAUUGCGGAUGCAGUUAUGGAGUCGAUCUCUUUUCUUGACAAGUUUGAGAAGAGUGUCAAGGACUGUCUUGAGAUCUGAGAUGAAGUGUGUCUGUUCUUCUCUUCUUGAAAGCUGCGUGAAAUUUUUAUGGUUGUUUAGGGAUACCAACGUUUUGUUACAGAAGUGAGAGACGACAUCUCGUUUAUAUAUUACAGUAUAAUAUAAAUCAUCUUCUUCUU